AUGACUCCAGAAGAAGCCGUUCAGGCACACUGUCUCCUAGGCAGCCGUGUCUCAGUGGCUUCUCACUUCGAUGUGCUGCCCUUAGGGGGCGAGCCCUUUGGAGAGGCCCCCUUAAGAGCAGAAGCCGCUUGUAAGAAGUUGGGGGUCCCCUUUAACCCCCACCUCAACUCCCCUGGGGGCCCCCCCGGGGGGGGCCCCUCGGGGGCCCCUUCAGAGGGCCCCUCUGAAGGUUCCUCUGGGGGCCGCUCUGGGGGACCCCCCAAGCAGCAAACCCCUACAAGAGCCCCACCUGGCGAUAAUCCCUACACCAGGCCCCAAGGGGCCCCUCAAUUAUGCUGUAAGAGGUCUUACAACUGGUCUGAGAAGGCUAAGCGUAGACACACCACUGGCACGGGCAGAAUGCGAUACCUGAGGACUCUGCCUCGCCGUGCAAAGAACCAGUUUAGAGAGGGUACAGUGGCUGUGCUUAAAGAAGAAGUGCUGAAGCUUUCUAUAGAAGAAGCUGCUCUUCUCUGCUACCGCGUGGGGGGCCUCGUAAAUGCUCUCAGGUUAUCUAGCAGCAAAGGGGGCCCCCAGGGGGGCCCCCCUCAGGGGCCCCAUGGACGGGAACAGCGGCUUUGUGGGGGGGCCCCCAAGGGCCCCCAACGGGGCCAGAAGGGAGCAGCUGAACCCUUGGGGGCCUCUGCUUCUUUAGAUGUGCUGGAAGCUGCUGCUGCUGUUGCUGCUGCUGUGGAGCAUCGGCGAGGAGGCCCCGAGUUGCUGCAUGCAUUUGUACCCUUCUUAUGGGUGUUAGGAGGGGAUUUGCUGCUGCUGCCUGUGGUGUGGGGCCCCACAGAAGCCGUGCUGCAGCACGUUGGAGAGGUGGGGGGCCCCUAUAAGCCCUGUUCUGUUGGGGGGCCCCCCGAUGGGGGCCCCUCAAGUGCUGAAGAAGAGGGGCCCCCUGGGGAGGCCCCGGGGGCCCCCCAGGCCAUCUUAAAGCGGCAGCAGCGGCUGCGGAGUGCUGUCUGUAACUGUCUCUUGGAGACAGUUGAAGAGCUGCUGCAAGGGCCCCCCGAGCAGCAGCAGCAGCAGCAGCAGCAGCAGUGUCUGUUAUCUAGCAGCAAAGGGGGCCCCCAGGGGGGCCCCCCUCAGGGGCCCCAUGGACGGGAACAGCGGCUUUGUGGGGGGGCCCCCAAGGGCCCCCAACGGGGCCAGAAGGGAGCAGCUGAACCCUUGGGGGCCUCUGCUUCUUUAGAUGUGCUGGAAGCUGCUGCUGCUGUUGCUGCUGCUGUGGAGCAUCGGCGAGGAGGCCCCGAGUUGCUGCAUGCAUUUGUACCCUUCUUAUGGGUGUUAGGAGGGGAUUUGCUGCUGCUGCCUGUGGUGUGGGGCCCCACAGAAGCCGUGCUGCAGCACGUUGGAGAGGUGGGGGGCCCCUAUAAGCCCUGUUCUGUUGGGGGGCCCCCCGAUGGGGGCCCCUCAAGUGCUGAAGAAGAGGGGCCCCCUGGGGAGGCCCCGGGGGCCCCCCAGGCCAUCUUAAAGCGGCAGCAGCGGCUGCGGAGUGCUGUCUGUAACUGUCUCUUGGAGACAGUUGAAGAGCUGCUGCAAGGGCCCCCCGAGCAGCAGCAGCAGCAGCAGCAGCAGCAGUGUCUGUACCUGGGCUUAGCAGCAGAAGCUGUCUCUCUUCACCUUAUUAAUGCUCUCUCGCCGCUUGGCUCUGCUGCUGCUGUUGCUGCUCUUGCUGCCUUACCGAGGCGAGAAAGCUUGUGGGUCCCCCUGCAGCAGCUAUUUGAUUUAGUUGAAGCCCCCCCUGUGGUGCUGCAGCAGCAAGGGCCCCUGCAGCAGCAGCUGCAGCGCCUGCUGCUGCUGCUGCUACUUGCUGCUACUCCAAACUCCCCGCUGCUGCAGCAGCAAGAGGGAAGGAAGGCCCUCGCGCAGUUGUGGGGCCGCUGCAGAGGCCUCCAGCUCCUCUUCUUCCGUCACUUGGUGUCUCUAAUUGAAGACCGAAGCCUCACUGCAGGGGACCUGCAGCAAAUGGGGUGUCUCUUCCUCCAAGCCUUCAAGGUGUCUCUCGAGCAUGGCUGCGAGUCCCUCGCCCCACAGCUGCAGCAGCUGCUGCGCGCGUCUCUCUUCUCCCCGCUGCAGUUGGCGCAGCGGUGUCGUUGCUGCCUGCUGCCGCUGCUCUCUCAGCAAACCUUUUCUGCAGCAGCAAGCAGCAGCAGCAGGGCUGCUGCUGCUGCUCUUACGGGCGCCACACUGGAACCAGCUUCGACAGCAGCAGCACCAGCAGCAACAGCAGCAGCAGCAAGAGAGUCUGCUCCUCCCCUAAGCGUCUGGGCCCUCGCUGCUCCUUUCCUCUGGAGGUCUCUAAAGGUAAGCCCAGCAGCAGCAGUAGCAGCAGCAGCAGUAGCAGCAGCAGCAGCAGCAGCUGUGGAGCUAGCGGCACAGGGCACCGGUAGAGAGGUGCUGGAACAGAUCCUGGAGGACCCGUCCCCCACCGUGCGUCACGCAGGUGUCUCCUUUCUGCUGCAGCUGCUGCGUCGUUGCUGCAGCAACCCUAGCAGCAGCAGCAGCAGCAGCAGCAAAGACGUGAUGGUGCCGCCAGUAUCCCUCACUGGGUUGCUGCAGCUGCUGCUGGGGGCAGCAGCAGAUCGGCAGUCCCCAGCUGUCCGCUGUCUCCUUUUAACGGAAGUUGCUGCUCUGCUGCAGCAGAGCCAUUCACAAACCCACCCAGCUGCUCUGGCACUUAGACAGCUCGUGCGGCAGCUGCUGCUGCUGGCCCAGGACAGCAGCAGCAGCGUACGCUUUGCUGCUGCGCUGCUGCUGGAUGCUGCGCCUUCGGCAGCACCUCCACUUCUGCCCUCCCUCCUACCGGAGCAGCAGCAGCAGCAGACACAGCAGCAGCAGCAGACGCAGCAGCAGCAGAAGCAGCAGCAGCAGCAGCAGCAGCAGCAGCAGCAGCUUUUGGCCCGCUGUGUGUGGGACGGGAUAACGGGUCUCUUGAAGAGGGGACAGCAGCAGCGCCUGCUGCAGCUGUCGCGCUAUAAACGUUGGCAGCAACUGAGCAGCAGACGGCCUCCUGCUGCAGUUGCUGCUGCUCCUGCUGCUGCUGCUGCCACCUUAGGAAGGCAGCAGCAAGCUCAAGAACGAGGGCGGGGGCCCCGUCUAAGGGGGGCCCCCGGGGUCUCCAUUCAGAAGGCCGCCGGACGAACGGGAGGGGGGGGCCCCCAUGAGCUGCAGCAGCCUCAGCAGCAGGAGUUGUUGCUUGCGAGUCUCCUUUCUGCAGCAGCAGCAGCAGCAGGGCCCCUUGAGGUCUCUCAGAGGCUCGCACACCGCAUAUGGGUAGAACUGUUUGCGUUGCCGCUGCAGCAACAGGUGCUGGCGUUUGAAUCGCUAAGCGUUGGGCUUCGCUAUGUCCUCGUUAAUAUGCUGGGGGCCCCCUUUGGGGCCUCCUGGCUGCAGCUGAGGCCCCACAGUAGAGGGGGGGCCCCUCAUUACAUUGAACGCUGCAAGUUUGCUGCGGGGCUCUUCAAACGGCUGGAACCAGAGCUCGCAGCCACCAACGAGGAGCCAGCAGCACAACUGCAGCAGCAGCAGCAGCAGCAAGGAAGCACGAAGGAGACAGCUUCGCUGCAACUCAUGAGCUGUAUGUACACCUGCGGGGCCCUACUUACCCCAAGGACCCCACAAGAAGCCGAGCUGAUAGACAAAGAGAAGAGUCUAAGGCGAUUCAUUCUUAUGGCAUUCCCGACUGGCUUGCUGCUUCGACAUACUGAGGGGCCUUUGUGCUAUGUAGCGUGGCAGCUGCUGCUGCAGCUUCCCAGGGCCCUCUAUAAUGUUGCUGCUGCCUCCUCUGUCUCUGAGUGCGUUACCCCUGGCGUUGCUCUUACAAAGGAGACAGAGUCUCUAAAGGAGACAGAGGGAACUUCUCCGUCUUCACCCGUGAAGCAGCAGCUGCUGCAGCUUGUUGAGGGCUAUUUGCAGGGCCGCUGGAACUGCAGUGACACGCCAGCAGGUGCUGCUGCAGCUGCUGCUGCUGCUGCAGCAGCAGAUGCUGCCUUGGCCGCUGCAGCUGCAACAUCUGAGGGGCCCCCCGCCGUACAGCAUUCUUCCUUGGGGAGACAGCGCAGGACUAAGAGGCCCAGAUCCGGUGCUGCAGCUGCAGCAGCAACGGCAACAGCAACAGCAGCAGCAGCAGAAACAGAAGCGGCAGCAGCAGCAACUGCAGGAAUAGGAGAAGCAAAGCAGCCCCCACAGCAACUCUGUCGCGGGCCCCCACGAGAGCAGCAGCAUGUGCUGUUUGUUGAAGUGCUGCUGCCUUUCUUGCUGCAGCAGGGGUCCCUCAGGCAGCAGUUUUUGGGGGCCCUUUGGGGUCCGCUGCUGUCUCUGAUAAAGAGUCUCCGCACGUCAAGAGACGCCUCAACUAAGCCUUACUUCUCUCAAAGUAGAGACGCUUCAGCAGCAAAACGAAGCCUUAAAGGCGGAGCAUCCACAACCAGAGCAGCAGAGACUGCAGCACAAACGCUGCAGCAAGAGGAGAUGCAAACCAGCAGCAGCAGCAGCAACAGCAGCAGCAGCAGCAGCAGCAGCGACAGCAGCAGCAGCAGGUCACGACGACCCACCAAGGGUAGUAGGGCCCCUGCCCAGCGAGGCCGCAGCAGGAGCGGGGUCCCCUUGCUGUCUGCUGCAACGCGUCCUUCUGCAGCAGCAGCAGCAGCAGCAACAGCAGCAGCAGCAGCAGCAAAGAACGCCUUUGAUCGCCUUCUAGAGGGGCCCCUGGGGGCCCCCAGGCCAGAAGGGUGGAGUCUCGCUUCCAUAGCAGCAGCGCUGCAGAUCGCCAGCCUCCUCAGGUGUCUCCCCGGGGGGCGUGAAGCGCUGGGCCUUCAGGAGACAGCCUAUAAUGAGGCCCCAGCAGCAGCAACAGCAACAGCAACAGCAGCAGCAGAAUCAUUAGAGACGCAGCGAGUCCAGAGACGGAAACGGCCCAGAAUGCAGCAGCAGCAACAACAGCAACAACAGCAGCAGCAACAGACGCUGCUGGUGCUGUCUCCUGCGAAGCUGCUGCAGCUGGCUAUUGACUCCUUCUGCAGCGCCUUCACCUCGCUGCUGCUGCAGUGGGGGCCCUUUCGUAGGCCUGGGGGGGCCCUCCAGCUGCUGCUGCAGCGCACCCCACAGGGGCCCCCUUGGCAUGAGCUGCUGCCGCUCCCUCUAAGCCUCAUCAUAGGGACACAGAGAGAGAAGCUGCUGCUGCAGCAGCUGCAGCAGCAGCAGCAGCAGCAGCAGCAUUUGUGUAUGAGGGUCCUGGGCGCGCAAAGGAGUCUCCUUCGGCAGUCCCUGUCUCUGUUUCUGAGUCUGCUGCAUCUUUCUUCUGCAUACACCGCACACUCGCUGACGUCUUGGGGGCCCCUGGGGACCCUUGUGAAGGCACUGGGGUCUCCGCGUCUCCGCUGCAACCAAAUUCGAGGGGCCCCCCCCGAAGCAUCGGGGGGCCCCCCUCUCACGCAGCAAGAAGGGGGCCCCCAGUUAGAUGACGACCUCCGCCUUAGGGUUUGGCUCGGCAGCGCGCAGUGCGCCCUCGAAAUAUACGGGGUUGUAUUUGAGCACAUCGCAGUCCUCUUGGGUACUGAGGCCCCUCCGACACCCGUCUUCUCAUUGCCUGGGGCCCCGCGGGGGCCCCCAGGGGCCCCCCAGGGGCCCCUAAGAGCAGGAGAGGAAGCUGCAUGUCCCCUCAGGGCCCCCCCCGAAGCAUCGGGGGGCCCCCCUCUCACGCAGCAAGAAGGGGGCCCCCAGUUAGAUGACGACCUCCGCCUUAGGGUUUGGCUCGGCAGCGCGCAGUGCGCCCUCGAAAUAUACGGGGUUGUAUUUGAGCACAUCGCAGUCCUCUUGGGUACUGAGGCCCCUCCGACACCCGUCUUCUCAUUGCCUGGGGCCCCGCGGGGGCCCCCAGGGGCCCCCCAGGGGCCCCUAAGAGCAGGAGAGGAAGCUGCAUGUCCCCUCAGUGUGGUGCUGCUGCUGCCGAGGCUUAUCCGAGCUGUCUUUGGUUGGCUCCGUUUAAUGUCGGAUGCUGUCUUGGAGACACCGAAGGAGACACCUGGGGGCCCUAGGGGCCCCGGGGCCCCUUCCUCGUUGGGGGGCCCCCCUCUUCUGACUCAGGAGGCCCUCCAACGCCUCCGCCGGCUGGCGUGGAGGAGCGUACAGGAGGCCCUUUUGGGGGCCUUUCGAUAUUUGAAUAGCUGCGCCUUGCCGGGAUUAACGCAGCAGCAGCAACAGCAGCUGCAGCAGCAGCAACAGCAGCAGCAGCAGCAGCAGGAGGCAUCUGUUGCAGCCCCGGCAGCGUGGUGCUGCUGCUGCUGCAGCACGAAGGCAGCAAUGAGCAUCCGUCGGCGCAGCAUCAGCCGCUGCAGCGGGAACAGCAGCAGCAGCAGCAGCAGCAGCAGCAGCAGAGCGUAUCUGAUAAAUCUACUGGGGGGCCCCAGUGGGUGUGUGUUGUCUCGCGCCUGUCUAGAGGCCCUAGGGGCCAUCCUAGUGCAGUGGGGCCCCUUCAUUCAUGAGGAAGCGGUGUCGGAUUUGCUGCUGCGGGUGCACGCGAUCUUCCCGCAGAAGGACCUGCUGCUGCGGUUCCUGGAGGAUCUUGCUGCAGCAGCAGGAGCAACAGGUGCUGCAGCAGCAGCAACAAUAGCCCCCAGCGCGGCAGCUAGCAGCAGCAACGGGACCCCGCACUUGCUUGCAAAAGCUCUGCAUGCACCUGUCCCCUUUGGUCUAUUGGGGUGUCUACAGGAGACAGUUGCUGCUGUGCGUCCCUGA